AAGAUGUAUAAUUAAUGCAUAUGCGUAAAUGUGUUUGUAGUCGCAGUAUUAAAAGAAAAGUUUUAGCGCUUUAUACUUAUAAGAGAUCAGAAAUGAAUGCCCAACACACGCUGGCUAUGUUAUGCUUUCCCCUCUAUAUUUAUUAAAAGCGUCAAGCUUAAUAUUUGUUGAACAAAGUUUAGGUUACUUAAAACAAAUAGUGAGUGAAUAACUUUAGACGUGUAUCAAGCUGCAUUACAAAUGGUUAUCGCACGACGUCCACCGUUUUAUUGAUAACGUAUGAAUUUAUAUAGAUUUUGUAUUUACGAAAAGUUAUUGUAAAGCAAGCAUAAUAUUAUGUGGAAAUUAAAAACAAUAAACGUAAACGUAAAAAGGAAUUAUAAAACAAAUACGUUUGGAUCUGAAUUAAACAAAAUAUCAAAAGUGUGAUACUCCAGACUUCUCCAAUUUAAAAAUGUUCAAAUAUAAAGUCGCAUACGCAGGUAACCAUAGUGUUGUGAAUAAUGACGUUAUAAAUGAAAAAAAUUGCUUGAACAGUGGUAAUUCACCCAAUGGAUCAACAGCGUUAUUGAAUGAAAUAUGUUCAACACAAAGAAAAAAUAAACUUUCAAUGACCCAUAAAAACUCAACAAAGUUAAAAAAUGUGCUAAAAAUUGAAAAUACCGUAUCUCGAAAUCAAGGGCAAAAUAGAAAUGAUAAUGUGAAUAUUACUCUUAAGAGAAAAGAGAGAACUAACUUUCACAAAUUUAAAAGUAGAGUGUUAUCAAAGGAUAUCAUUGAUAAAACUGAUAAAUAUAUGUCUAUGCCUUGGUUUGGUAUGGAUAUCGGAGGAACUUUAACAAAAUUAGUAUAUUUCGAACCAAAAGAUAUAACUGUCCAUGAACUUGACAGAGAAGCUGAAGUAUUAAGAAAUAUAAGACGAUAUUUAACGAAAAAUUCUGCUUAUGGCAAAACUGGACAUCGGGAUACACAUUUACAGGUCAGAAUUUUAUUAUUUUUAUGAUA